AUGUCUAAGCACAUUUUCAACCGUCGUGACAAUGUGGUGCAGCUGGAGAACUUUUUAGAGUCCAGCACUUACCAAGAUAAUCAGGACACUCAGAACUUGAUCCCAUCCAACGAUAUUCUUCGGGAUGAUUGUUGGCAGUAUGAAAAUCUACCUGGUUCACAAGCGGAGCCUCAAGUACAUGCACAUCACGAUCCCCAGGACUAUUAUCCGUUUACAACCCAAACCUUUACCGAUUCGCCUCCGAACCUCUCGUCUUGGCCAGGCAUGCAUCCCAACGGCCAGUCUAGUUUUGGCGACGGCGAUGAACCACAUUAUCCGGACUAUUUCUCGGCAUUCUCCUCAGGCCCACGCGAGCUUGGGUGGACUGAAUCUAGGUGGCCUGAACAGCACUUGAGUACGCCUUCUGAGCAGUUUGUGUCUUAUCCGCCAGCGGAAUUGCCGGAGGGUUACGAGAUAAGGCCAACAGAUUCAUCAUGUUCACUCGGCUUCCCAGUCCCCGAGGACUCUCGCACGCCAGGAUUCUCGGAAGGUGGAGUAUUUGCGGAGGGUGAAGCAAAUGUUACUGGGACCAUUGACAGCUCAAGUGGAGGCUUCAACUUCGCUCACAUGUACGAGCCAGCUCCGUCGAGUACCGCCCUCCCGUCCCUGCUUAGUCUGACCCAAUUGAUCGACGCAUCUCCGGCAGGUUUGCAAGCUUCACUUGAUGCAAGGCUCUCAAUACACUCUCAGCAUUCUUUCAUGGACCACGAGAGGCCUUUCGCUCUAAGCCAGGCGGUCGAGAGCGUGGGGCAAUACGACUCUUCCCUAGGCCUCUAUACUUCCGGAUGUAACGAAUCUCGAAUGGACGUGGGCUCACUGCCUGAAUUGAGUUGUUCUCGCCGGCAGACGCCCGGUAGUGGACUCAUGGAUGUUACGAACACUGAGAGGGCCAUGACUCCAUUCGCAUCCGGGGUCAUGUAUGGACGCGUAGGUUGUGAACAUAGUGACUACCAAUCUACGGAGUUAUCCGGAUCACGGUGCCAUCCCCUCCCUCUCAGCAGGAAUUCAACUUUCUUGAAUUCUGCAGAAACUUCUAGCUCAAGAUCUUCUUCCAUCUUUGCGUAUGGAACAUCUUUAGAAUCACAUUCUCGGUCCACCGAACCCAGUAGAGCGACGUCGUUGGAUUCGCAACGCUCUUUUUACAAUAUCCUAUCAUCUGUAUCUAUUCCCAGCCCUCCACAGUUAUUCGCAUAUACCCCGAUCAGUAGAGGCAACAGUUCUGGAAAGCCCUCUACCCUGAAAGUCAGUGGACUACUCCCGCCGAUCACAGAUUCCAACCUUCAAGGAUGCUCUAAGGAAACUGAUGAGUCCACCAAUGGACCUCAAUCCGCCAAGGAUUCCAAGAAAAGUCUGUCACGAAGCAAUCCCGACAGGCCCAAGCGCAAGCGCAUGCAUGUCUGCGGGAUAUGCGGUAAAGAUUUCAACCGACCCAGCGCUUUGGUACUUCAUCGCACUGUUCAUACAGGUGAAAGAUCCAACUUCUGUAACGUCUGCGGCAGGUCUUUCUCAAAUCUUUCCAAUUUAAGGCGGCAUCAACGACAGCUUCAUGUCUUGGAAUCUCAAAUGCAGUUACCGGAAAUUCCGGGACCCACCAGUGAACUCGACGCUUACAACUUUGGCUCGCAAACUCGGUUUUAA